UGUUCCGGGGUCUCCAAGUGUGACCAAGCCCUUCCUUGGAGAAAGUGCCCCCAAAGGGGAUGCCAGGCUCUUAGCUUCAGCCUCCAAGUCUUCUUCGGAGAGGGCUGCGCUCACCGGUCCUCCUCCUAUCAAUGCGUGGAAAAGGAGGAGAAGGAGGAGGUGUGGAUGUGUGUGCAUCCAUAUAUAUAUAAGGGCCCACGCUGACAGCCACACAGUGCAAAAAAGCUCCGGCGUUGGAAGGAUAUCUUGGGACUCGAAGUGCACAGGCAGCCUUUUGAGAGCGGCACCAUGUGGAUCCUCCUGCGGAGCUCCUUGUUGUUUCUCGCUUUCGCCUAUGCACUCAGCAGUGACUGCCGGAAGGACUGCCUCAGCUGCCACAGACAUUUGUACAGCCACCAGGAUGAUUUCAGCCUCCUUAUCUGUGUCAUGGAGUGUGAGAAGAAGCUGUUGUCCAGAGCCACUUGGGAUCUCUGCCACAAAGCGAUCAGUAGGAAGCCUUCUUCUUUGCUGCUGGGCUUUGAAGGCCUAGAUGACGAAGUCACCUGGCCUUUCGAGUUUUGGGACAUCGACUCGCCAAGAGGCCGAGGCACCCUGAAACGCUUCGGUGACUUCCCCCGGGCAGUUGAAGAUGAGAAACAAGUCAUGCGUCGGCCAGAUUUGGAAGACGGGCCAAACCACAGCAGCCAACCAGAUCUCUUAGGGGACCUCCUGAGUGAUCCGGGCGUGCAAGACCUCCAGAAGCGUUUCGGGGGGUUCAUCGGGGUUCGGAAGUCAGCUCGGAAGUGGCACAACCAGAAACGGUUCAGCGAGUUCCUGAAGCAAUACCUGGGGAUGUCCCCGCGUUCGGUGGAGUACGAUGGCUUGGCCGAUGGUGACCUGAAGGAACAGAACGAGAUCUAGGCCCACACGGACUUUCCUUCGGGUUGUCGCUCCCCUUUAUUUCUCGUACCACCAACACAUCGUGAAUUGGUUGCCGGCCUGCCGUGGCCCAAGGGACCAACCCCGUUCCAACCCACAGUGUCCAAAAAGAAACAAAAUCCAUAACCCAUUGAAAGGAAAGUCCAGCUGCUCUUCAGAAAGAAGCAACUCAAAAUUGCUUCAAGUGAUAAUCAUUCUUUUCCAUCAUUACAACCCAACCUAUAUACAGAUUAUAUUCUA